AACAUGAAAACAGUGUAAAGUAUUCCAAGGCCAAGCUUGGCCGAAGUAGAUAAAUCCCUGCUUUCCCAGGCCACUCCAAACAAAAUCCAUUCAUUCGCCUGCAGAGAGCGUCCUUCACGAGACACGAGCGCUAACUCUGAGUCCGCAGACAUGCGUCUGGCGUUGUGUGUCGCAGUCGUGCUGUUCGGCCUUCCUCUCGGGAAGAUGUUUGUUCUCCAUCCUUCUCCCGAGGCCUCGUCCUCAUCAUCAUCAUCAUCAUCAUCAUCAUCAUCAUCAUCAUCAUCUGCUCUGAAAACUAAGAGAUGCAGAGGAGAACUGGAAAUCAGGAAAGUCCUUCUGGAAUCUCUGAACCUCCAGCAGGAGCCCCGUGUGUCCGUGUCCUGGAUGGGUCUUCUGCGUGAGCAGUGGAGAGACUCUUUGAAGAGCGCCGUCCCGUCCUCCACAGGUAAUUCCUCCAUCCCUGAGGACUCUGGAAACUCCACCUGCUGUAAAUAUUCCUCUCAGGUCUUCAUGAAAGAUUUGGGCUGGGACCGCUGGGUGGUUUAUCCGGAGAGCGUGACCUUCGUCCAGUGCCGAACCUGUGGGCCGAGCGUCUGCGCUAAGAGCGCGUCUGCGCAGUGCUGUAAGCCAACGGCUCACGACAUCGUCCCGUUCGUCUAUGUGGAUGAAUGGAGCAGUCUGGUUCUGUCCUCGGCGAGGCUGACCCGCGAGUGUGGCUGCGACACGCAGGAGCCGGAGGUCACGACCCCUUCCUAAAAAGCAUUGCAGUCCCUCUCAGAGUUGUAGAUUUAUGGCUUAGCACAAACUUAUUUAGCGUCUUUAAUGUUUGACUUUUGCUGCUUUUGGGAGUCUCUCGGACUCUUUAAGGGUUUAUGUGAAAACGAUGUGGAGUCAAAUAUGUAUAGUUCUCAGAAAACAUGAAGUUCUCAAACGAAUCCCGUUGUUAUUCAGCUUUCAUAGAAAUGCACAAUGAACCCUCUGUUACGAAUCAGUUCAAGGCCAAAUCUGUUUUAAACUGCAGGGUUUUAUGGGUCUGGCGUGAUUUCAGUGGACUGUUCCCUGAAAAAAUGUUGUGGAGCAGCUCUGCCAAAACUUUCCCUCUGCGACUCUGAGGACCGAAUUAAAGGUUACAUUCAAAAUGUCCUUCUCUUGAAUCAAGUUCUUGAUGUAUUGUGGCUUCAGUUGAGAUCUUCAGCUGUUGACGUGCCUCUGCACGCUGGGAAACGUCCCGCGCUUAGAUAAGACUGACAUUCCUGAAUGAACAUUUUGGCUCCAGGUUUGCAAAAAAAAAAAAAAAAAACUGGCAGUAAUUCAGCAUAAUUUCAGAUGCAUCCUUCAAAAACAGUUUUAUAGAUAUUUUUUUGUUUUUGUUUCAUAACUUCAUGUUUUGUUCUUUUUCCUCUGUUAGUCUUUGUUAACCAAAUCUCUUACUUAGUAUUUUUGUCUUGUUUCCAGUCCUAAUCAAUCCAAAAAUCAUAAUGAAGUGAGUUUUUGCUUAAAACAAGCCAAAUUAUCUGCCAAUGGGGUGAGAAAAAUAAUCUUGUUUCUGUUUGAAAUCUUGUUUCUGUCCCAAACAGAAACCAGAUUAUUUUUCUCACCCCAUUGGCAGAUAAUUUGGCUUGUUUUAAGCAAAAACUCACUUCAUUAUGACUUUUUCCCCAGAAAACAAGACAAAAAAAAUCUUAUGUAAUGUUACUUAUCUAGUCAAAGCAUCUGGAUUUAAGAAUUUUUAGAUAUUUAGCCUGGAAACGAGACUAAAAUACUAAAUAAGAAAAGCAUUUUUGCAGCGUAUGUUUCCAUGUUAUACACACCAUUGUAUUGGAAAAUAUUAAAAUCAUUUCAUAUAAACCAGGAACGCUGUUAACGAACACUUUCACAUGCAUGUUUAGCAAGAUUUACACUUUAUAUCAAAUGUAUCAGCAGAAUGUUUAUUAAACAAGGCUUUCAUGACA